CCCUGCAUUUUCCCUAGCCGCCACUCUCUCUUCUCCCUGUCUUCUUCUCCCACGCACACAGCCAGCGCGCAGGGAGCACGGCUCCUUUCCUCUCCAUGGCCGGCGCCCCCUCCAUGGCGAGCAGCAAGCUGGCGCCCCUGCUCCUUCUUCCUCGGCGCUGAAGCUCCUCCCUGGAUCCAUGGCGUCCAAGCCCCCUGUGCCCUCUCUCCCAUGGCGUGAGGCCCCUACUCCUAUCUCUCUACCAGCGCCCUCCCUGCUGGGCGUGUCCUCUGCUCCACAACCCAGCCAUGGUGGUCGCCGAGCUCCCUCUCCCAGCCAGCGCCCUCCCUGUUCCUCUUCCCCGCAGCACAGUCCGCUCCCUAUCCAUGGAUGCAGCAGCCCAUCCUCCUUCCCCCAAAGCAGCGGCAGCAGCUUCCUUGGACGGCGCCCAGAAAUUCCAGCAGAGCUCGCCCCAUUUUUUUUUCUCUUUCCUCCCUGGCCGAAAGAUUCCCCUGCUGUUAGCUCGGCAACCAUGGCGUGCAGCCCCGGCAGCGAGCUCCUCCCUUGCUUUGCUGUCGGACGUCCCUGCCACUACCUCGCUCCCUCGUCGCGCAGCGAACUCCAUCGCCAACCUGCGCAGCAAGCUGCGCGCUGCAGCAGCAGCCAUGAGAUCCUGUCCGUGUCGCCGGCGUCGACCCGAUCUGCGCAGCGGUGCCGGUCCACCGCAGCAGCCCCAUGUUGCGCCGUUGAUCUGCGCGGUUCGACUGUCUCCGCGUCUCGCUUUGCCGAAUCUGCGCAGCGCCGACGUGCCACCGUGGGAACCCGUGCCCUUGUCGACGUCACACCUUGCGCAUCGCUCGUCGGCAAAGAGCCCAAACUAAUGGCAUGCAUACGCGGCACGAGUCGGCCAGGACAGAGAGAUGAUGAUCGUGCAGUGAUGUGGUGACAACCACAAGAUGCAGUUGGUGGACGACCUGAAGAAUGGUGGACAUGACCAGUAGAUGCUCGCCAAGUGUAACACCCGGAUUUUAGGGGUCCAAAACCCGGGGUUAACAUAAACACCAGGUAUGCUGGGACCAAGUCUCAAACAUAUGAUGUAUAGUGGCACAGGAUCGAAUGUCACAACUUUAUAUAUAACAGGAGUUCUAUACAAAUAAAUAGUUACAUUAU